AUUUUUGUUUGUUAGGUUAUUGAGUAUUUUAGUACAUAUUUAAGUUCGGUGCCUUCGGCUUGACCUUUCCGUUGUUUUUGUGAUUCGAGGUUGAUUCUUUAACUUAAAAAAAUGUCUACGCAAAAACGUGAAAGAAGCGUCAAUUUCAGCCGGGAAGAAGUUGCGCUUCUAACUUCGCUUGUUGCGGACCAUAAAAAUAUAUUAGAAAAUAAAAAAAGUGACUCAGUCACCUGGCAGGAGAAAGAGCAGUGCUGGAAGACGCUAGAGGCGCUGUUUAAUAGCACAAGUGGGGUAAACUUUCGCAGCGCUAAAACUUUAAAAGGUAAAUACGAAGGCUUAAAGAGGGCUACAAGAAAAAAGUCUGCCUUGAUACAUGCUGAAACAUAUCGUACAGGAGGUGGCCCUAGUGCUGCUACUCCUCUUACCCCUAUCGAGGAAAAAGUCAAAGACAUGAUAUUGUUGUCUGUCGAAGGAAUUGAAAGUCAAUUUGACUCCGAUCGCAUUGAAAGAGAAUCUAUCCAUUCAGUUGAGGCGGCAGACGUUUGUACACAGAAGGAAGAUUCUGAUGAGGAGCAACCUCCAAAAAGAAAAAUAAGUGAAUGUGGUAGUGCUACGCCCAAAAAAUUGGCAAUUGAGAAGUGGACCAACUGGAAGCCAAAAUCUCUACGUUCCAAAAAACAUCCCGCUUUAUCUACUCCGAAGAUGAAAAGGCCAUUCUAAAAAGUUGCUGAUUCAAAGUUAGAGAUUGCGGAUCUGCAAAAGAAGAUU